UCGUCGUACUGCUCGUACAAUGCUUUUUCCGUAUAUUUUCCUUUCUGUCAGCUGUAUCGACAGAGACGACCGCUUCGCCUUAUUUGCGAGACUGUUCUCUGGCACCUGUGAAAGAAAUAGAGUUAGUUCAGUGGGCUCAGUGUAACAUAACCGUAACAUAUAUAACAAAAUAGUGUUGUGAGCACAUUGUGAGGAAAAACGUGGAUUCGGGGAAAUGUGGGGAAUUUUGUUGUUCCUCACUUCACGAAUUAUUCAACCUUUCAAUAAAAACAAGUCAAGGAAAACCUUCGCAUAAGUACAUUCUAACAUUCUACACUUUAACAUUAUAUGGGAUUUGAAAAAGACACGAUCAAAAGGAAAAACGCAACUAUAUAUAAUUAACAACGUGUUGAAAUAUGAAAAGGGUAAAUAAGAUCUUUAUGUUCUAUGCAAAAUAUAAUUUUAUCCGUGAACAACUAGACAGCAGCAGCACUAAUAAAAAUUAACAAUAAUUAAAAAAUCAACAAAUAUACAUUUCAUAUAUGACCAUUUAGAUCGCAGUCUUCGAAAUUGAUUCGAAAUGUCAAAGUGAAAAAAGUGAGGUUAUAGACCCUGCAUAGAUGUUUUUGCGUUUACUACGUGAUAGAUUAAAAACAAGACACGGCAUAAAAACAGGUUUAUUCAAAGUUAAAUGUCACUACUUGGAGACGAUGACGACAUCAACGAACGAUUCUAUUAUUAUAUGCGAGUCUCCCAGUCCGUCAAAAUCGGAUCCCUCAAUUGACAGGUUCACUAAUUAUCGUAAACGGUUACGAUCUCCUCAAGAAUUUAAGUCAACUCUGGGAACAGUCUAUGAAAGUCCACUAGUCCACCUCAGGCGCAAUAAUGUACCAAUUAAUAAGGCACGUACAGAAAAUGGAAUUUCUCUUGAUACAACACCACAGAGAAAGAGGAAAAAAAUUGAUGAUGCUUCUAUGAGACAUGGAAUGAAUUUAGACGAAAGUAUCAUUGUGCUCAAUGAAACAACUCCCAAUGUAGUUGAAAUUGGAUUGUCGGAUGUUGAAAAUGAUGUGGUUGAAGUUCCGAGCAAAAGUCUAAUACAGAAGAAAUCACCAAAUAAAAAGUCUCAAAUUGGGCACUCACUAAUAAAAAAUCAUCAUGCUAAAUCAUCAAAGAAACCUUCUUCAAUUAGCAGGAAAGUGAAAAAAACGAAUAAAAAACAUUCUGCAAAGACUGCAAAGAGUUCGAGUAUCAAUGAUGAAAAUCGUGAUGGACAAAUUAUGGAGAGCAAGUCAAAUGCAAUUGCAGCUCCCGGUGAAUGCGAGGAUAUUGAAGUUGUUUGGGUAUCAGAUACGAACGGUGAUGCCGCAAGCCAGCAACAAACUGUCAACGAGCAGCAGCCUUUUGUUAUUGAUACAGAACCAACCCUCGAAAAUUUAACUAAAACUUUCUCACCUCGUACCAAAAAAGUCAAAAGAUCGGAAGGCAAAAAGAAAAACAUAAAAACGCAUAAAAAAAAUCAAUCCCCUUCAAAUAUUGGAUCCAACGACAAACCUUCAUGUUCUGAUCAAACUCGGAAGAAAAAAACAUCACUACAAAAUAAAAAACUUCGUGAAAUCGUCAUUGAUGGCUGCAACGUGGCAAUGGGGCAUAAAAACGGAACCGCUUUUUCGGAAAAGGGUCUCCAAAUCGUAAUUGAUUACUUCAAAGAACGUGGUCACGUUGUCACAGCAUUUUUGCCCCAAAGUAUGCGAUCCAAAAGUCGGGCAUUACUAGAAAAAUUGCACACCAACGGAAACCUCGUUUUUACGCCGAGUCGCAAAAUCGGAGGCAAAAACAUCACGCCGUACGAUGAUAGAUUUAUAUUGGAGUACGCAACGAAAUGUAACGGAAUAGUUGUUUCCUCCGAUCAAUUUCGUGAUUUAUGGCAAGAAAAGCCACAAUGGCGGGACACGAUAGAAAAUCGUCUCCUUGCUCCGACGUUCGUCGGCGAUUAUUUGAUGUUUCCGGAAGAUCCAUUGGGCCGAACAGGGCCCAAACUCGAAGAAUUCCUUCGACAUAAAUGAUUUUCUAGAAUUAAAACUGCCAUUUUUUUUUAUAUAUUAUUUUCGUGUGAUUAAUUGUACAGUUAUUUAUAAGUGACGUCAAAGAUGGCAAAAUCCUUGAAGAAUUUGCCAUGAUAAAAUUUCUAUCAAGUGAAAAACACGGGAAUGUGAAGCGAUCGAAACGGCUAAAUUUUUUGUUUUUUUUUUCCACCGGGAAAUUAUAAUAAUUUCGAUCAUAUCCAAAAAUAACAUUUAUUCUUUCGGAACAGUCAAUGACAAUUCUUUCUCGCUUUUGUUUCUGUAUCAUUGCAUAUUCCAUGAAAAAAGAUAGGCAAUCAUUUAUCAGUGAAAUUUGGUGGUUAACAAAUUUCUCAAGAACGUUUUUGUAUUGAAUAUUUCAAGUAGCGUGUACUACAUGAAUUACACAAAUGUACAAAAUCUGUAACUAUACACUUUGUAAUUCACUAUUGUCUUAUCGCAACUAAAAUUAAUAUAAAUACAAUAUUUUUUUCGUUAUGGAAUAAUUAUCUUACUUUCAAGGUUUGUACACAAACUUCAUCAGUCUCUAGGAUCGAUCUUUGAUAAUAAACAAGAUCAAAAUCGUA